UGCGCUUGGAACGGGGAAGCCAAACAAUGUGAACAUCACGUUUAGCCGCGAUCGGCGGCGGCUCAGGAAAGAGUAAGAGGAGGAGGAGGAGGACAUCAUAACAUAAGGAGCACCGAUCAGGCCAAUCUGCAAACAGGCGAAUUCUUGCGCGCCGCCAACGUUCGAAGGCACUGACGGGCGCCAGCCUAAAACCGAGGAUAGGCCGAUACGUCCAAACAUAAAAAUUACGGGGGCGGAAAAAAAAAACGGGGGAGGACGAGAAAGGAGGAAGACAGAGGGGAUGCCCAUAUUCGUAUCAUCUAGUUCCGUGCAGUGCACGGCGGAGAACAUGAAACGCACCCAGCGGAGCGACGCUCAGGCCAACCUGCGAUAGGCGAGCCGUCGCGCGCACUGGCAACAGUAUGUAAGUAUCUGAACCCGAGUUCCGUGAAUGUCCACGAAAACUUCCAAACGGGACAAGAACACGAGGAGGGAGACGGGGAAAAGAGGAGGACGAGGAAGGAGGGAGGGGGAGGAGAAAGAGGAGAAAACAACUUGCCUGAAGUCGGAGCGUUGCUGUACCCGUGCGGACACACGCGCCCUGGCACAGGCAUCCCGCCUGCGGCAAGCAAACGUCUCCUCCCAAUCGCCCCGCCAUAGCGGGACGCGAAGGAAGCUCCCGCCAGCUCACAUGUUCGACUCCGCGCUGGCCUUCACGGAGGUACUCGGCAAACGCCCCAUCGAAGUCCCAAGCUUCUAAGGUGACCGUGCCACCUGCCGUUGUGGGUCCGGCGCAGAUCGUGCACAGCCAGAGCCCCACGCCGGACCUCUUCCGGCAGCCGCCACUGGCCCCCCAAACCCCGGAAGGCCUCCAGCUCGAAGCCUGGAUCGGGCGGCUGGACGCCCGCGCGCCUGCUGAACAAACGUCGGACAGCGGGGCAGCCAGCGAGGUGCCGAACGCAGUCCUCUCAGGGGGACGUAAGACCUGGGCACAGGGGACUCGGAAAUCCCCGACGCGAUCGUCAAAAAAAUGACGAGGCCGAGCCUGCAUUUUGACGAGGCCUCCCGCUGCAGACAUCCCACGAAACUCCUCCUCGUCAAAAUCCGAUGCGCGGUCGUCAAAAAACGAUGGCGAACCCGAGUCCUGGCAAACCCGGGUCUCACGCUCCCCCGACUUUCGCAUUCUGGUCGCGGGGGGAUGCGAAGCCCCCGCGGGCGGACGGGGAGAGCAUGGACUCGGACUUUGGACACCCGAAAUGGGUACCGGAAGAAUGGG